AUGGCGGCUGCUUUUCAGAAAUUGCGAUUUGCCUGGAGCUUUCGCGCGAUUUUUGCCGGGAGAGAAUUUGUCAUAAAUACUCUUCAUCAGGCUAAAACGAAAAACAAAGCUACAACGCACAUUCGAAAGGGGGUAUGUCUAGAAUGGUUAUUCAUGUUUUUUCUGGUAUUUCCAAGGCUCCAACAAGUUAUUUAUUAUUCACUUCGACACGAACAGAUGUGUGACAGAUCAAAAUUAAAUUCAGGUUAAAUUUUUUUAACCUAGGUUGAUUCUCUAUCCUAUUUGUGUACUAGCCCUAAUAUUAUUCAUGAAUUAGGGCUAGGAGACAAAGAAAACCAACCAAGGUUAAAAAACUUCAACCUGAAUUUUAUUAAGACUUAAGCUUGAUUUCGACCUGUAACAGAUACACUGUGUACAGCGUUUAGUGGUCUUUUACUCGCUUCUUUUGGCAUUUUGUAGAAUAACACUUUGGUUUGUCUCGAUUUGUCAAACCUGUAUUUAAUGGUCAGCCUAUAUUAAGCAGUGAGUAAGCUCUCUCCCAAGCCCGUCUGCAGAGUAUGGCAGAACUCAAUGAGAUAUCGCGCGUGCAAGGCCGUUUUUAGGCCCUUAUUGCUUAUAUAUUUUUUAAAAAAACUUGCGCGUGCACCUGCCAUACUCUGCAGACUGGCUUCCAAGGGUGUGCACAUCGCUUAAUACAGGUUUGACUGUAGGAAGUCCAAGGAGGUGUUUUCUCUUUUUAACAUUGUUUCUGUUGUCUCAACACCUAAAACAGGUGAGUAUGUGUUUAAACAUAGAAACACGUUUAUUGCAAAAUAAAUAAAUUGAAACCAGCCAAAUAGGUAAAAAAUUGUAUAAAAUAAUGAGAACCAGCAGUGUAAUCUGUUAAUGCUGCAAUGAACUAGCAUCCCAUUUUAUUCAUUAUCAUCAGUGUUUAAAACACGUCUCUUGCAUGUAGGGUUUGUUUUACAUUAUAUCAAGAUGAUCAUUUUCUUGUAGGCCUAUAUCCUGUGUAAAAGGCUGAGACAGACAGCUCAACCAGGAACAGUAGUACCUCCAUUACUUUCCCUUGGUUGGUUUGGAACUUCAAAGCCUCAGGAAACUUCAUCUUUAUCAGAAUCUACAAACAAAUUGAGUCAAUUAGACAAUGAUUUGAAGACUGCUGAUGAGUUGUACGACAGCAAUGAAACACAAAAAGCGUAUGAACUUCUUAACAAACACAAAGAUUCCAAGAGUGCAGAUGUAGAGUGGCGAUUAGCCAGAGCAUGUCGAGUGCUGGCAGAAAAAAGCAAAGACUCAGAGAAGAAGAAAGCAUUAACUUAUGAAUCAUUGGAUCAUGCUAAACUGGCUUUGAGUAUAGAUGAAAAGAAUUUUGCUUGUCAUAAGGUGAGGGUCAUCAUAUUAUAAAAAUAGAAAGAAAUAUUGUUAUUAGUAUUAUGUAGAAGACAGCAUCUUUGCAAUUACAAAUAUCAAGGUAAAUAAUAGAAUGAUAUUAUAACAAAAUAGAAAAAAUUGUCAUAAAUGUCAUACUCUAGCUAUUCAUUUCACAGUUCCACAGAUUUUCACACAUUACUUUCAGUAAUUCAAUUUUCCAGGUACACCUUGUUAAAAAUUUUUAUUUGUGUUUCUUGAUUUGUAUGCAAGUGAAAGUUGAAAAAACUUGAAAAAGGGUCUAUUUUAAUUUCUAACUUGGUAACUAUGUCCAUUAGUGAUCCAAAUAGUUAUCAGUGGCAUCAUAUUACAUCAUAUUGGCUUCACUACCUAUAUACAUAUCUUCUUUGCAGUGGUAUGCAAUUGCACUCUCUAAUGUUGGUAACUAUGAAGGAAGUAAGGCCAAAUUACAGAAUGCCUACACCAUGAAGGAGCAUUUUGAGGUAGAAAUAAUAAACCUAACUGAAUUGAAAGUGUCAGUUACUAUAAAAUACUUGAAUUAACACCAGGGGUGCUAGUUUGUGUCAAGGAAGAGGAGGGCUAAUAAUUAUUAGAAGAGAGCACCUCAACAUUUUCUUUGUUUCAAGUACAACAAUGUUCUCAAGUGGCUCAUUCUCUAGUGGUGGUACAUUUUACGCUAUAUUCAGAUACACACAUCAUAUGGGGGCAUGGCACAUGGCAUGGGGGGCACUUAUUCAAAUGGGGGUGGUAAUUAAAGCUAUCACAGGUGAUUUAACAUUAACAUCGUAACUGAUGAAGAUGAAGUGGGCUUUUUACAUAACCUCAAAAAUAAAUCUUUUUUCGCAGUUUUAUGCACUGUCGAAUGCAUAAUUUUACAAGAAAGUGCCAAGGAGCUGGAAAAAAUAUUUCUUUGAUAUUAAUAACGGAUUAUACUUUGUUUCUGUUCCAUGCACUUAACUAUAUUACUGGUGUAAAGAAUGUUAUUUUCUGUCCUGAGUUUUCAUUAUGUAGGGGUUCAUUAUUUUGGAGUUUCCUCUCUAUAGUAUGUGAUAUAUGUAUAAUAAAGUGUUCCCACCCUUGUCUUUUUUUGUAUAGGUAAUAGCAUGAUUAGUAGUGAUAUUUGGCAUAAAUACCACGAGUUAUAUUUCAAAAUUGUUAUACGUAAUUUCAUGAGCCGUUAGGGGAGUGAAAUUGAGACAAUUAUUUUUGAAGUAUCAUGAGUGGUAUUUUUGCCAAAUCACGUACAAAUCAUGCUAUUAUUUGUUUACACUACUACCUGCGAAAGGUUUGUAAUUUUCACAUGUAGGUAUUUCAAAUUAAGCUGAAAUACCACUGCUCUAAGCCAAUCAAAUAUCAGAAAUUUCUUAUGUAGUAGUAUAACAUAUUUAACCAAUGAUGGUUCAGAUUUAGCCAGGGUUUAACUACAAGCACCUGCCAUUGCUAACUCAUGCACACAAUUCUCUUCUAAUCAGAGUGCAUGCUCAAUUAUACAAACAUGGGGAGAGGGGAUGGUUGACUUAAAUAUUUACAUAUCCUACACAUACAUGGUUUUAAUUUCUCAAAACUGCAACUGAUGCAUUGCUUCAUAUAAUAUUAACUUCACGCUGGCACUUACCAGUGGCAGAUUCAGAUCAUUAAGUAAGUAGGGGCCCACUCAUCCCAAUCCUGAGAUAAGAGAGGGACCCAGCAUCAAAAAUUAAUUUUUCUUGCCCCUGUGGCUCAGUUUGGCAUAAAAGUAAGAAGGGCCCCUUGGCCCCUGCCCCUCCCCUCCUGUCCCUAGAUCCACCACUGCUUACUUUAAGUUACUUAAAAUGUUGUACUACACUUUGCAGAAAGCCAUUGAGUUAAACCCGAAUGAUCCUACAUCUCGCCACUUAAUUGGUGUCUGGUACGUAUUCAGUACAAUUUUUAAAGCCUUGUGACUUACUGUAGAGUUCUUUAAGCAUUAUUCCCUCCUGGAAUUAGUAAAUCCCAGAUAGUAAUGACUAAACUUUGUAGGUGUAGCCCCUAAGAACAUCUGCAGGACACAUCUGCAUGGGGCUGACUCAUCCCCGGUCAUCUCUGUUUGGAUCCCAUGUAGAGAAUGGAACAUGAGAAGCGUGAACAAAUGAAGCGCAAGGGUUGAUGGGAAGAAGGAAACUUGACCACCUAUUGACCGCGUUUCUCUCCUUAAUAUUAGGGAGGCCUAGAAAUGACAGGGAUGAGUCAGGUGUGGAAGGCUAUUGUGGGCGUGACCGCAAAUAAAUCUUGAACGUAGCAGCCUCUAGGACAGAAAUGGCCUCCCUCUGAAAGUAACGCCACAAAGAAUACCUGUCGAUCCAGAAAUUUGUCUAAGCAAUCUAUUUUUGCAAACUCAUGUUAUGCAGUGUAAAAACGAAUGCCGAUUUACAGAUUGAUUUAUAGAAACAUGGCAACAGGAAAGAUUCAUCAAGUUGACAUUGAAAAUCAUAUUGCUUUAUGAUACCAUAUUUAUAACUAACGCUUUCAGGGUUGAGGGGAAGAACCUAUCCUCUACAAAAUUAGUGUCUAGAAAAGGAUUGAAGGCCGACUUAACCUCAGUAUAACAGCGACAACUCUUUAGCUUGCCAUUCAAGUGUUAUUCGAGGGGCCCUUUAGUUAAAUAACAGCUCAAUUCCAUUUUUUUUGGAUAGAGGUGUAUGGCUGAGGCAUUCAAAAGCUAACCCUGUUUAAGACAAAAACCAUUCAUUCCCCCCUGUUUAAGACAAGAGAACUUUUACAUGACCCUGAUUAGAUCGUAGUUUGAUCAUUUUAGAGUCAUUGUUUGUGCUACGAAUGUAGACUGCGCACUGCUAUCGUUCACAACCUGUUCAAGGCUUGCGGUGCGGAAAAAUAGCUUUGUCCAAGACGUUAAAUGUAUACUUUGUUUUUGGCAACUUAACCUUUUAGGCCAAAUAAAGCUGCCACACCGAUAGUAUGAAACAUAAAGUCGUUACUCUCUAACCAUGUAAGAGAGAAUGUCGGGAAGCGGCUAAAAUUGGGCCUGAUCUCAAGUUAUUACUCUCGGAAUGUUAUCAUUAAUCAAACACCAGUAAAUACCGUCUUAAUAGUAGAACCCAGACAAGCCAAUCAGAGCACGAUCCAUAUCAUUAGAAUUUAAACGAACAAAUCAGAGUAAUAAUUUAAGGCAUUUUAUUAACUCCCCCUCCAUUUUGACAGCCAAGUCCAAAGUAAUAUCACGUAUUUCCCCACUCCAGAAACUAUUGGGAGAUUGGGUAUGAGCUUUCAGAGCAACGCGUUCUGGGAUCAUUUGGGUGGGCAGUGGUUGCUUAUGAUUGGUUAAUGGUUGCCUUGAAUACCAUACCCCAAUCAUAAGUAACACUUGUCCACCCAAACGAUCCCUGAAAUCGUUGCACCGAAAGCUUGUACCCAUUCUCCUUAUAGAUUAUGGAGUGGGGAGUCAAACCAUCAGGUAAGUGGAAUCAAACGUUUUUUAAAAUUGGUGUGUAAAUAUAACAACGGCCGAUUUGCGUAAAACAGGUCUUGAAAUGAGGAAAUGACGUUUCAGAGAACUUAGCUCUUAAAUUCCCCAGCGAGGGCAGGGCCAUGUCUCUCACUCCACUACCCCCCCCCCCUCCCCCCAGGAAAGUCCGCCCGUGGGUUAUUUUUUCCCUUACCUACUGAGCUAAAAUUUAAGGAUAACACUGGUAGCUAAGUCUCAGGUUAUUUGCUCACUUUCAUGUGCGAGCCACGUAGACUGUGAGUUUGUAAUUAAUGAUCUUUCAUUUGUGGUAGGUGUGUGAAUGGUUAUUAUUUAGGUCUUUUCUUUGCUCAGGUGUUUCACAUUUGCUGAAAUGGGUUGGGUUACAAGGCAACUUGCAGCUACACUCUUCGCCUCACCGCCAUCUUCAACAUAUGACGAGGUAUAAUUUAGUCGUAACUUUAAACGUAAUUUAGGUAUGCAUCACGUAAAAAAGGGUGUAGGGGCACUACCGAAGCCAAAGAGCUUAAAAGUGCAGAGCUCGGUUAUGCCAGUUUCUGUAACAUACAACUUCGUCGUCAGUGCUUUUCCCUUAGAAAUGUAAUUAAGCAGCCUUUUUUUUGCUUUUCGCACAUGCGCAUUAGCCUUUUUUUUGGCGAAUCUAUCUCAAUAGGCCAUUUCCGAGUUCCCCCGGGCCUCUGUAUCAAAACGAGGUUAAGUGCUCAGCCUUUGAUAUGCAAAUAAUUUUCUCAUGCAAAUAAAACUCAUUUUCACAAGAAAGGUUGAGCACUUGGCCUCAUUUUGAAAGUGAUGGUUUUUGGAACUCGGAAGUGGCCUUUUUUUCUACCCUGCGAGCAGAGGUUUCUUUCUUAGCAUUUACGAAGUCGUUCGCGUCGCUUGUCAUUCGGGUACUUGGUAUGUUUUAUGCGACACGGGCUGACUAACUUUUUAGGAAAAAGGACAAAUCAACUCGGCAAAAGGUACAGUUAGUAAAUAGCGAAAUUGACAGGGGAUUUUCCCCCAAAAUAACUGCUACUUGUUUUUUUGUGUGUAGCUCUACCUGGAUAAAUAGACAUUUUUAAAACGAAGUAUCAGUGAGAAGAUCUAUCUUUGCUGACGUUGCUGCCUACCAAAUAAAGAGCUGAAAGUGAAAGCUGAAUGGGUCCCGGGGGAAAUAUGCAUUGUCCCAUAUCAGAAACUCAUAAGGGGUGCCCAUAUCGAAAGAAAACGACCAAAGCGGUCGUAAAAGUCUUAAACCAUUUAAACUACCCAGGGAGGUGGUUUAAGGGGCUGGUCGUUUAUUACCUGUGAGGGGGGUUGGAGCGGCGAUUUUGCUGGGGGGUCGUUUUCAAAGCAGUGAUUUUGUUACCUCUGCGUCCUUCGUCCCUGACACAUCAGAAUCGCCAAAGACGCACAAAAGUUCAUGGCACGCGUCCCGUAGGAGGCAAAGAUCGAUCGAUCUGAAGAUGUUUUUGUAGAAUAUCCUGUUCGUGUGAUUUCUGUGGCUGUUCUGAUUUUAGUUCAAUUUUAUGUCUCCGUUAUUAAAAAGAGCGCAAUUUGGAAAUAUUUCGGAAAUAUCAAUUGUUUUAGACCUUCAUGCCUUAAACCCUGUAUCCGUAUUAAAAUGAAUCGAUGAAAAAAUGAAUUGCGAAUUAAUGAUAACAAACCAUAUUUGUCUGUGUUAUCAGUUUGGCCAGAAUUAUUAUAAUAAUAACUAGUAAUAACCAAAGGUUAGGGAGUGUGGGCAGCAGUGAUCGAAGGUCAAAACGCUUUUGCUCCAUUGCUAUGAUUUGCGUAAGUUUUACGUGACAGAUGGUCAAUACGCGCGUGAUGAAAUUGCGUUCCGUGCAUUACAUUCAUUCUUAGUGGAAGUCCAAACAAAAGCUGGCUACGUACAUGCGAGUCCCGACGCAUGCGUAAAAACAACCUGGAGAUCAGGAUUGCGGGCUCCUCUUGUCGCCCCCAAUAAUAAUAAUUUUUAAAAAUUAAAAACGCGCCUAUAUCUAUCCGAACGUAACACAGAAGCCUGUGAUCAGGCGGCCCUUCUUCUCUUUUUUCCGACUUACGCGCUUUCCCCCAAAAAAAGAACGACUGAUUUGCUAGGCCUUUGAGAUAAUGAAAUCAUUAACAUUUCGUUAUUAUUUUCAGGCGUUAAAACAUUUUCAAAAAGCGGAAGAGCGUAAGUAUUGAGCAAAUAAUCUACCUUCACACAAUUAUCAUCCAAGGUCAGAUAAGCUGGGGGAAAGGGAGAAUGUUAAAAUUUUUUUUUUUUUGACGCGUUUAAUACGUUUUUUCGUGUACUAAUGAAGGUACACGCAUGCUCGUGAAGGCUGUUCCUAGAAAACCACAGACACUUUCACUUGCGGGAUGUCAUUCAACCUCUUUUCCAGGGCACCCUACAGAGGGACGAGAAGGAGAGAGCCCUUAGCCGGUGUACAGCCGCCCCCCCCCCCCCUCAAACGAGAUUGGACGUCAUUCAGAGAGUACCGCAAGCUGCCGUUUAAAGCUCCCAACUUUAAAGCCCAACCCCCACCCCUCCCGGUGAACAGCCUAUCUACUAGUAAGCAAAAGAUACAUUUGAUUACAAGCUCCCCUCUAACUUUAAUUUUUAUGCAUCAAAAUGAAUUCGAUUUAUUAUGACGUUUUGCCGUUUUGCUGGAAGCUUUAUUUAAAACCAGUAAAUGUAAACGGAUUUUGAUAGUUUUUACAAUACUAUAACAGAAAAAACGAAUAAUGUCACUGGUUCGGAAGCGAUCUACUUUUAGAAUGUUGAAAUGAAGACCGUGGCUAUGGGUCAGUUAUUUAAACGAAGUCUAACUUAAGGCACUUUCCAUUGGUCAGAACUGGCCGGCCGGAUUAUGGCCGGACUGGUCAUUUUGACAAUGAAAUAGGCCUUUUCCGCCAAGAGUUUUUGAUGAAAACCCAUUUCCUUCGUGCAUAUUAUUUAAGACUUGACUAAUCUGGCUGGAUAGUUUUGAUUAAAAGUGAGAUUCUCAUUGCGAAGGGAAUGGUCCGCUGGCCAGUCAGUUCUGACAAAUAAAAAGCGCCCUUAGACCGCGGUUUAGGAAAUCUUUGGACCUCCAGAUCCCUUCCUUAGUGGGUUAUAGUAAGAAGACAAAUGCUUUUCUAGUCUACGCCAUAUGCCUUCAUAAAACUCUUUACGAAAUAUGGUGUUUAAGUAAAAACGUUCGGCAAACUGAAAAUGGUUUAGAACGCGGUUUUGUUAAACACUGGCUAAACUCCGUUUAAAUAACUGGUCCUAUAAGUUUGUUGGGAAAUAUCUGUCUGUUAAUACGGUGUGCCUAGUUAAUUGACAGAGAAUAACUUUCUUUUUCCCCGUGUUGCUCAGUGGAACCAAAUUUCUACAGCCAAAAUCAUCUGCUACUUGGAAAAACACUUCUACGACAAAAUAAGAAGGACGAGGCAAAGAAAUGGCUUGAGAAAGCUGCGUACAGCAAUCCGUGCAAAACGGUAGAUGAUGAAUCGGUGAGCACUAUACUGUGACUGCACUAUUUUACAGUGUGCGAUUCAGAAACUCCAUGGAGAAUGGGUACAAGCUUUUGGCGCAGUGAUUUCUGGAAUCAUUUGGGUGGACAAGCGUUAGUUAUGAUUGGUGGAUGGUAUUCAAGGUAACCAUUAACCAAUCAUGAGCAACCGUUGCCCACCCAAAUGAUUCCAGAAAUCUUUGCGCAGAGAGUUUGGACCCAUUCCCCUCAUAGUUUCUGGAGUGGGGAAUAGUAUUUCGUCUCAUUUUGGCUAAACGGGUGAAAUAUUGAUCUCGGACCUGAGACAGAAAGGCAUCAUAUUGAGAGCUUUGAUGUGGGCGGUGACGAGUCUCUGGCCUCAAAAAUUAGUUUGUAGGAGUCAAAUCUAUUUGGCGAGAGCAAAAUUGAUGCUGAUUUCUGACCAGGCCAGAGACUUGGUUAAAGAGUGUUUCGAAAGCGGGCCUCUGUGUCCCUUUCAAAACGGCUCGUUUACAUCCGGGAUCUUGAAUAAUUGACUCUGUCAGGAAAGUUUACCUGAGGUUACGUGGAGAAAGCAAGAGUUAUUGAGAGAGAGAGUAAUUUUAUGAUAUUUCUCCCGUAUUAAUUGUGGAAACAUUGUACCUGGUUGGUUGUGGAUAGUUUUAUCAGUGCCGGGAAAGUGGUUAAUUGUGUGAUUUCCUGAAGUUGUUGACAGACAGAAUUCAGGUAUUUCGUGGUGCUCGUGUUACAAGAAUAUUGUGUUCAAGCAUAAAAACGCUUCGUGAGUGUUUAGUUGAAGUGAUUUUGUCUUAGACAACCGAAUUCUGGGCUCAAGGAAGGUGGAUUCUAGGUCUGUUUUAGACUGUUUUAUGAGCCCCCUAGUUUGAGAGAAUGAAAGGUCAUAAUUUCUGGGCAGGUUACCCUGCGAGCAAGCUCUCCACCAGAGCGCCCAGGAGAGCUUACUCGCAGGGUAGCGCUUUUAAAUGUUGUUCAUUUCAUUACAAAUCUGUCGUUUUUGCCAGGGCGACUUUUCCUGUGUUGCUAGCAAUAAAUUUGUCCUUUUUAAGCCCUAACUAGCGACUUUCAACUGCUUUUUAUUCACCUCAAGGGUCAAAUUGUUAAAACGCACUUGAAAUUUCUAUAGUUACCUUUUAACAAAUCCAGUCAGAUAUAUAUUUUAUUUUUUAGAAAAGGCGUCAAUAAUCAACACUAUUUAGAAGAAUUGUAGAAGAAAAUUCGUCGACGGGAAAUUGACGUGUAGACGAAAUUUUCAAUUGUUUUGGAGAAAAAAUUAUUUUAAGCAAUCUGUUGUUGUUUGUUUGUCUGUUUGUUUUUUGUUCACCCUUUCAGACAGCGUAAGAACUCUUGAGAACUGUUUCUUGAAAAAAGACAAAGGAAAAUUCAUAGAGAAUUUGGUAAACAAAACACCAAAGCUAGAUGAGUUAUGUGGCAUUUCUGUUAUUCUUAACUUAAUGACUUGUCCGCAAAUUUGGUGCGCGCGAUAGCGAAGUGUGCCCGCGCGAUUUUGCCACGCUGGGUAGUCGACCUACCCGAACCACGUUUUCACUGUUGUUGAAACUUUCGAAUAUUUUCUUCUAACAUAGAAACCUAUUUUUUGCAGGCAAAGAAAGAGGCGGAAGAGCUCUUAAAGAAAAACUUUUAAAGACAAGAACUUUUUUUCUUAGAAUUUUCCUUGGAAACUGGAAAUUAAGUAUUUAUUGGCAACUAGGCCAGAAUUGAAUUUAAAAAGAGCUCUUCAUUCAGUGCCGGUAAAUUGUAAAUACCAGGCCAUUUCUUUUUUCAAAUCGCUACUCUUGGACCUCUUGCACCGAAAUAUUUGUUGGUAUUUCCAAUAUACAUUGGCGUUUUCAAGAGGACAUGACUGCAGAUGUUCAACAAAUGCUGCCUUAACCGUCUAAUUCAUACGCAGACUCAUACAAUCAUUGAGAACGUAAGUUGUACAGCUGUCCCACAACACAGAGUCCUGGCUGGUUAUACCUCAGCUUCUGAAUGCUUUUCUUCGCCAUUAUGUUCUUGUUCCUCUGCCCUAUUUCUGAUAAAUGGGCUUGAUAAAUUAGCUUGCUCUGAAGAAAUGAAAUGACUUUUAAUAAACGACAACUUGGUUCUCAUUUAUAAAAUAACAGUUUAAUAUCCGACUGAACUUCUUUGUGGCCUUAGGGUUGAGUGGCUUCAGCUCUUUGGGCUGUGUUUUCUGGGCGAAUCAGGCGUGGUAGCGUACAGUCAAACCCCCACUAACGGCCACCUCUCCACAAAGACCACUUCAUUUUUUCCCGCCUGGGCGAACAGUC